AUGCAAACUUUACUUGAUAAGCAUUAUACAAAGGAGACUAAGGUAGCCUCUGCCUGCUUGAGUAGAGCACCAAAUGCUACACUAGUUCCAGGAAAGGACAAAUUAUCAGUGGUUUAUGAUGUCUUCACGAACAUAUCAGCACCUGCAACGGGAGAUUAUAAAAAUAUUAAUUUGAUGUUUUUACAUGGUUCGGGUAUGAACAGAGCUAUUUGGGAAUAUCAUAUUGCCAAUUUUACAAAAUUUCUCGAUGCUCUUCCCUUUAGAUUUCAUAAAAUUGUUACACUUGACCAAGUAAAUCACGGAGAUUCGUUGGUUCUGAAUAAAAAUAAGCUGGGUGUGAAUUUUGAUUGGGUUGAUGGUGCCAGAGACGCCUGCAAGGUAGCAGAGUUGGAGUUUUUGCAGGAGACCACAACCACAAAGGCAAUCAAUGUUGUUGUCGGUCAUUCAAUGGGAGGUUUCCAGGCGCUUAGCUGUGGAAUUUUAUUUCCUUAUUUAUUUGAAGUUAUAAUACCCAUUGAACCGGUUGUUCUGACGCCAGUCAUUCCAAAUGAAGACAAGAGAACAAUUAUUCCUGAAAAUUUCUACAGAGCCUUGAAAGGGAAAAUGAAGGACAGAUUCAGUUUGGUCGAAUGUUAUGACAGAUACAUGGAAAAGGAAACCUUUUAUAACAGAGUUCAUCCAGAAAUCCUUGCAAGAAUCAAAAACUUCGAGAAAGUGGAGCAGAAUGGUCAGAUAAUUACUAAAAUGACCAACGAACAAAACAUGAUUUGCUAUGCGACACUUUAUCCAGGCGGUCUAUGGUUGAUUCAGUCCUUAGAGUCGAUAGUAGUUCCAGUGUAUGGCAUUGUAGGCGGCGUCUCGAAUUGGUGCCCUCCAGAGAAUCAAGAGCUGCUGAUUAAAAAGAUACCAAAUUAUGAAAAGGUAGUAAUCCAAGAAGGAGAUCAUCUUUUAAAUAUAGAACUCCCGGAUAUUUGCAUUGAACACAUUUUACGUGCGAUUGCUAACUACUGUCGCAUUCAUGCUAGCGAGAACCCAGGAAUUAUCACCGAUCUAAGUGACGAUAAAAGAGAAUCAAAAUUUCAUGGUGACUUCGAAAAGUUUAUAAACGACAGAGUUGAUCGUAAGGGUUCAAAAAGAGUUUUGGCAAAGUUUUAG